AUGUGGCCUGCCCUGCUUCUUUUCAGCCUUCUGUUGGGUGUCGUCUCAGCCUGGCCUUCUCCUCAAGUGCAGGAUCCAGCCAAAUCCUUUAUCACGCUUCCAUUCACGAGGAAGUUGUCAGCUAGCCCGGCAAGGCCCAAGCGACAAGCCUUCGAUUCGGAGCUUCUGCCAUUGACUGUGGCGUCGUAUUAUAUCGAGGUCACAAUUGGCACGCCGCCUCAACCGCUUAGCUUGGUUUUAGACACCGGAAGCAGUGAUAUAUGGGCCUAUAGCCCAGCCGCGAGGGGCUCAUGCCCUGAUUGUACUGAUAUAUACUACGACCCGGCCGACUCCUCCACCGCGAAGGAACGCCCUGAUCUGGGUUUAUUCAAUAUCACUUAUGGAACGCCGAACUCUGGCGUCCUCGGUUACUACUACACCGAUGUGAUCAGGACGGGUGGCGUUGGCGUGAACGCCUUCCUGGGUGUGACCACGGAUGCAAACGAGGGUGCCCCUCCCGGAGGCAUCAUGGGAAUCGGUUUGUCUGAGAAUGUUGCCAGCUUAUAUCAGAGCGGGAUCAAGUACGAGGGAUAUCUCGAUACUCUGUACGAGCAGCGCCUUAUCGGAUCACGGACGUAUAGUGUCUUUUUCAAUGAGGCAGCAUCGACCGACAAAGACGAAGGCGUCAUAAUAUUCGGCGGUUAUGACAACACCAAAUGGAUCGACGACCUCACGCCAUUCCCUAUCGUCUAUCCAUCACCCAGAGGCGCCGCCGAGUUGAACAUCGAGGGACCUGCCAUCGAGAUCACCGUCGGCGACGAUACUUACGACCUGCCAAGCCAGUCCUACACGGUCCUCCUCGACACUGGCAGCACAUACACUUAUCUUCCCAGACGACAGUUCAACGUCCUAGCCACGGCACUGGACGCCGAGCUCGCGGACGAGGACUAUGGCCUUUACGUUGUCUCAUGCGACUACAAGAGCGUCCGCGGCGGACUAGAUUACACCUUCGACGGCCCUGACGGCCGUGUGACGAUCUCCGUACCCUGGGAGCAGGUCGUCAUUGCAAACGAUGCCCUCCCCAAGGAUGUAUGCCUCCUGGGCUUCAUCCCCAGCCCGGACAACGAAGGGUUCUACGUCUUCGGCGAGACCUUCCUGAGAUCGGCUUACCUGCUGUACAACUACGAUGAUUUGACCAUUUCGUUGGCCCAGGCGAGUUACGAUACCAGCUGCGACGAUUGCGUCGAGGCUUUGGUCAAAUGA